AUGCUAAUGAACACCCCGCUAAAGAGGGUAGAAGACAUACCACCACUUCUUCGUGAACGGCUUACGAAAGCAGAGGAGAGCGGGUGGAAAAUUCUUGACCUCUCGGGUUGUAAAGAAACUUUGGAUGUCACGGCGCUCACUGAGGUCGGCAUGCUGGAACAACUAUCCCUGGAGGGUUGCACAAACUUGAGAAGAGGGCUGCGGGAAAUAUGCAACGGGGAAAGAACGCGCAAUCUGAGGACGCUGCACUUAAGCAACCUACCCAUGCUUGAUGACACAUGCAUUAAGAUAUUGGGGGGAACACACCUACGGCUCGAACUGUUCACCUGCGCACACUGUAAGAACGUAACGAACGUUAGGCCCCUAGCGGAAAUCAAGGCCCUGAAGAGCCUUUCGCUCGGACACUGCGUGAAUAUCAAGCAUGGUCUGAAGGAAAUUUGCGGAGGUCUGACGAAUAUGAGGGCUCUCUGGAUCAACCACAUACCGGCUGUCGACGAUGCGUGCAUUGCGGAGCUCGGCGCAAAAGGCGACGGUUACGAAGGCCAUCUGAUUUGGUUAAUUUGCGAUGGAUGUCUUGGGAUAACGGAUGUUACGGCCAUUUCGGAGAUCAAGACAUUAAAGAGACUUUCGCUGACGGGAUGCGAGAACAUAACGAAGGGGCUAGAGGAGAUGUGCGCCAGUGAGAAACUGCAGGACCUGCAAGACCUAUGGGUGAAUAACGUGAAGGCGUUCAGUGAUAAGUGCCUUUUGAAUCUGGAGGAAAGUCACAGGAAGGGCGGAUGGAAACUGCAGGUGCUCAGCACCAAAGACUGCUGCAGCAUAACAGACGUGUCACCCCUGGGGAAGCUGGUAACGUUGAGGGUGCUAUGCCUUGACGGGUGCGUGAACAUUAAACAAGGUCUGGAUCAUGUCAUACUGUCGCUGGUCGAUUUGAGGGAAGCGUACUUGGGAGGCAUUGGCAUAACCGAUAGGCAUAUUGAGCUGCUUGGUCGCCACAAAAAAAUUGAACGAUUACACCUCCCUUUUUCAGGGAACAUUACAGAUAUUACUCCCUUAACGAAUGUCUGGACACUGGAGGCUUUGUGCUUGUGCGGGUGUCUAAAGGCUACAAGGGGAUUUGAAAAGUUUUCUACACUCUUCAGACUCAAAAAGUUGUGUGUGUGUGGUGUUUACGUCGAUGCGGACACAGUCAUGGCCCUAAAGGGUAAAGGAGUGGCUGUGAAGCUGUGGUAG